AUGGGUAACGCACUUGGAUACCUUAGAUGGCUGACGCACAACAACGAAACGUACGCACCUGAUCGGAAAGAAGAUUUCGUGGAGACAAACAUCGGAUUUCCGUGCCGUGUGGUGACCGGGAACAAGGCCGUGCAGUCUGUCUUUGACAUCGACCUCUUCAAAAAGGAGGAAUUCUUUUUUGGCCUGAUAGAAAUACGCAAGGACUUUACGGAGGGUGUCUGCCCAAGCGUCACCACUAACGGAAAAAUCCACGAGAGAAACAAGGCGCUGAUUUUAGACGUCAUCGCCGGGGCUUACGAAGACAUCCCAGCAUCAACAGCAGACGGCGUGCUGUCCAACAUCGCCACCUGGGGAAGCACACCAACCGACUUCGAAUCAAAGUUACUGGCAGUGUCGGUGAGCGCUUUUCUUCCCACCAUCUUCGGGAGAUCAACACGCUUCAAUCCCGAGGAUGUCAACCUUUAUAUCAAAGGUGCAACUGAAUUAAGAUCUGACAUCUUGGCCGCGGUGACGCGUGACGAUCUUACUGAGGCGGGACGGGGGAUGAGGUCUGUCCUCAAGAAAAUAAAGACAUCAGAGAGGUACCGCCAGCUGAUAGAUCUUGGUACAUCUCACGGAUUAGAAGAGGAAGAGACCACGGGACAACUGCUCUUCGCGAUAAUGUUCAAUGGAGUUGGUGGCAUCGCAGCAAACCUGGUGACAUCCUUCGCCCGCUUGGACACCAUCAGCGCGGAAGACCGGCAGGAGCUACGGGAGGAAGCGCUUGCCGCCCUGAGGAAACAUGGAGGCCUGACCCGAGCGGCCCUGGAGGAGAUGCCGAAAAUCGAGAGCUUCGUGUUGGAAGUGCUGCGAUUCAGUCCCAGCCCAGAUUUCUGGAGCACCAUUGCAGCACGCCCAACGACUGUGAAGUACACAACAGCAAGUGGUCCAAAGGAGGUCAAGAUAAAAGAGGGCGAACGCGUGUAUGCCAGUUCCUACUGGGCUUUAAGGGAUCCCGCUGUGUUCGACAAACCAGACGACUUCGUGUGGCGGAGGUUUCUCGGUCCCGAGGGAGAAGCUCUUCGGGAACACCACGUCACCUUUCACGGCCGACUCACGGACACACCCGCGGUCAACAACCACAUGUGCCCGGGUAGAGACGUCGCGCUGUCCGUAAUCAAAGGCAGCAUCGCCAUCCUCAACACGUUCUUCGGAUGGGAACUCCAGGAGCCGCCGGUGUGGACUGGAACGAAGGUAGCUCGUCUCGGCCAGUCGGACAACGUUGUGAAACUCAAGUCCUUCUCGCUACAGCAUCCUGACGACUUGAAAGAGAUUUUCCCAUCCCACUUUGAUGACAUUUCUCACGUAAGUUUUUUAAAGUACAACUCUUUGGACAGCGACUCAAGUCACAUGGAUGUCCUUGUCAAAACCAAGACGGGAAGCUACCGCGGCUCCGGGACGGAUGGAAACAUUUACGUGCAGCUCAAAAGCGACGGGGGGCUAGAGUCUCGUGACCUACAACUCGACGUGUGGUGGAAAAACGACUUCGAGAGAGGAGAAGAGGGCACGUACACCCUGAAGGAUGUUAAGGUUCGCUCUCCGGUUCGUGAGCUGAAGCUAUUCCGGGACGACAGCUGCCCAGACGACGACUGGUACUGCCAGACCGUCUCCGUCCAGCUCCAGCCGGACUCCAGCGGCCCAACCUUCCACUUCCCCGUCAACCGCUGGCUGAACGCAGGAGAUUCUCUUUGGCUGGCACCUGGAGGAUGUGUACUUCCUCAAAAUGACAAGCAUCCAAAGCAAAGGCAUGAUGAGCUCAUAGAGAUGAAAGAGCGCUACGCAUCCUUCUACCCCGUGGAAGGUCUUCUGCCUAUGCUGAGGAAGCUGCCUCCAGAGGAGCAAUUUCUUAAGGAACAAAGGAGGGCUAUGUUAGAGACUGGGGCUAUACUUCUGAUGAAAGAUCUGCCUUUGCUGAUCGAGGACGGCCGAUGGGAAUCAUAUGACAGCAUAAACGAGGCCUUUCCACCAAAACGAGUGCCUAAGGGGAAAACUAACUGGAAUACAAACGAGAACUUUGGUUCGCAGCGUCUGACGGGAGUCAACCCGACAUCCAUCCGUCGGUGCGAGGAGAUUCCAAAUGGGUUUGGAGUGACGGAUGAAAUGGUGGAGCCGUUGCUGGAAGGACUGAACCUGGAGGUUGCCAUCAAGAAGAAACGCGUCUACAUCGUGGAUCACACCAUCAUGAAGAUCUCAUCUUUCGGCAACACCGAAGCUCCCAAACCCAUAUGUGCACCUUAUGCCCUGUUCUUCGUCAACAGCAGGAAGGACCUGGUUCCUGUGGCAAUCCAGCUCUACCCUAAUGACGACAAAGAGAGUCAUCCGGUGUUCCUGCCGAAUGAUCCACCGAACACCUGGCUCCUGGCUAAGAUGUGGUUCAACUGCGCGGAUGCGAACUACCACGAGGCAGUGGCUCACUUGGGUUUUACGCAUCUUCUUAUUGAGGCCUGUGCCCUCGCUGCAAGGCAGAACCUGUCCCCAUCCCACCCGAUGCUCCGACUCAUGGAGCCGCAUUUCAUCUUCAUGCUGGCCAUCAACAAUCUGGCUCUGAAUACGUUGAUCGAUAAAGGCGGUGCACUGGACCUAACAACGCAGAUUGGAGUUCAGGGAGCCUUCAGCCUCAUCCGGGAAAGGCUGAAGACUUGGCGUCUCGAUGUCGAGGGAACAUUGCCAGAAGACCUGAAGAACCGUGGUGUUGACAACGAGGAAGAUCUUCCUAAGUACUACUAUCGCGACGAUGCCAUGCCUACCUAUCACGCCAUUCAUAAGUAUGUCACCACUAUCGUGAAGGACAUCUACGGCAAAGAUGAUAACGCCGUGGACCUGAAGGAGGACACUGAAAUUCAGGCAUGGGCGAAGGCGCUCGUUGACUCUGGCAUCAAGGGAGUUCCCGGGAAUGGAGCUUUCUCCACCACUGAUCAGGUGAUCCAGACCAUCACCUCCAUCAUCUUCACUGCCAGUGUGGAACACGCAGCCGUCAACUUCAUGCAGUGGGACCAGUACGGCUUCGUACCCAACAUGCCGCUCGUGCUGGAAGGAAAUCCUCCGAAAAACAAGGACAUCCUGACAGAACAGGACGUUCUGGACGCCCUCCCUGGGAAGCGCACGACUGCCGAGAUCAACCUGCUGACCGAUGUGCUCAGUGAGCGCGCCACAAAGCCUCUUGGGCACUUCGAGGUCACGUACCUUUAUGGUGACAGGGCGAAACGAGCCGUUCAAACAUUCCAGAAAGUGUUGGAUAGCAUUGCAAGCGACAUCGAGUAUGAAAACGCUGCAAACCGCUACAGGCCGUACGAUUACCUGGAUCCGCAUAGGAUCCCCAACGCUAUCAGCAUCUAA